GCUGCACCUGUGUCGGUUGGUGAGCAGUGACACCCAGAGACGCCAGUUGGUGGGGAAGCUGCAGGCGCUGGUGGAGGAGACGUUCGGCAGCCAGCUGCAAGACCGGGCUGUCCUGGACCCAGCCUACGUGGAGAGGAUCAUCCUGCUGAGACAGGGUCACAUCUGCCGCCUGCAGGAUUUGGUCUCCCCGGCACAUUCCUACCUGUGGACUCGCCCUGCCGUGGGCCGCGCGCAGCUGGGCGCUGUCUCCGAGCAGGCGGACGUGAUUGCCGAGCGUGUGCUGGGGGGCUUCCCUCCCCGUGUGGCCGCUUACCCAGUUCUUUCUCCUGCCUCGGUGGUGUCACUAUGGCCAACGUUCUGCACCUCUUUGAGCUUCCAUUUCCUCACCCCUAAGGUAGAGAUGCUACUCAGUCUUAACUGUACAGAAACAGAAAUGCGACCAAAGCUGGCUUAA